CCCUCAUUAAGAAACAGAGGAAAAAUGCAAAUGGGAUUAUCUAAAUCUUGUUUGGCAUUUCUCCAUGGACUAUUUCAAAGCCGCUGGGUGAUCUAUAAAAGGCCUGAGAAUGUCUCCUUCAUCUUCAUCUCCAAAGCUCGUUCUCACCUUACUUGGCAAACACUCAACGAAGAAAGGAGAGAGAGACGGUAAUGGCGAUCAAGAACAUUCUCGCCCUUGUGGUUCUUCUUAGCGUGGUUGGAGUUUCUGUCGCCAUUCCACAGUUGCUUGACCUCGACUACUACCGGUCUAAGUGUCCCAAGGCAGAGGAAAUUGUUCGUGGUGUCACAGUACAAUAUGUUUCUCGCCAGAAAACCCUUGCCGCUAAACUUCUAAGGAUGCAUUUCCAUGAUUGUUUCGUCAGAGGAUGUGAUGGUUCCGUUCUUCUGAAAUCUGCAAAGAAUGAUGCGGAAAGAGACGCUGUCCCCAACCUGACCCUGAAAGGUUAUGAAGUGGUGGAUGCGGCCAAGACAGCGCUGGAGAGGAAGUGUCCUAAUCUCAUUUCUUGCGCUGAUGUUCUUGCCUUGGUCGCCAGAGAUGCCGUGGCAGUGAUCGGGGGACCAUGGUGGCCGGUUCCAUUGGGCCGCAGGGAUGGACGCAUCUCGAAAUUGAACGAUGCAUUGCUAAAUUUACCAUCUCCUUUCGCCGACAUAAAGACGCUGAAGAAGAACUUUGCCAACAAGGGUCUUAACGCUAAAGACCUUGUGGUUCUCUCAGGGGGUCACACCAUUGGAAUCUCUAGUUGCGCUCUCGUCAACAGUCGUCUCUACAACUUCACAGGAAAGGGCGAUUCUGACCCAUCCAUGAACCCUAGCUACGUGAGGGAAUUGAAGAGAAAGUGCCCGCCUACAGAUUUCAGAACCUCACUGAACAUGGACCCAGGCAGUGCGUUGACAUUCGACACUCACUACUUCAAGGUCGUGGCUCAGAAGAAAGGGCUCUUCACAUCUGACUCUACGCUUCUCGAUGACAUUGAGACCAAAAACUACGUUCAGACUCAGGCCAUUCUCCCUCCUGUGUUUUCUUCUUUCAAUAAAGAUUUCUCCGAUUCCAUGGUCAAACUUGGUUUCGUCCAAAUUCUUACCGGCAAAAAUGGUGAGAUCAGGAAGAGAUGCGCCUUCCCUAACUAAUUUGGAUCGAUCAGACCGGGUUUCGGAUGAUUUUGAGUCUACACGUUUUUCUCUGCUUAUUUUCUUUCUUUUUCUUUUUUCUUUCACGGAAGUUUGAGCUUUGGUGUUGUCUUCUUCUGUUUCUUCCAUGAAUAAUUGUUUUUUGUUGAGUAACUUUACAUUUGUAUUCUUUACGGUGACUGUGUUUUGUAAUGGAAAAAGUUUGUUUCGAAUUCAUCCGUUAAACGUAAACCUAAAUUAAACAAAAAUUAUAAUUGGAAAGCAAAACAUUUUGUAAGCUUCGUGGUGUUUUUACUAUGAAUUAAUAUUUAUGUUUGUUUUUC